GAGAGAGAGAGAGAGAUUUCAUGCAAUGAAUAUUCCGCCCUCUCACUCGCUAUGAGAGAUGAGGCUGUGCUUCUGAACUCACGGCUCCCUCUACAGUCUGUACAGUGGAAAUUUUCCAUCCAGGGCAGGAAAACAAUCAAACUGACUGUGUUGAACAGUCGCGAGGACACAAACGGAGACGCGUCCGGAGAUCACACACACACACACACACACACUCACACAUACACAGCCUUACUUGUGAGAUGUGUGUCUGUAACUGCAGCGGAUUUCUCAACAAACCUGCAGACACAGUGAACUCUCGUCUGGAAUAUUCCUCUUUUGGGAUCUACUGUUUUCUGCGGACAAUCCGAAAAAUGUCUCAUGCUUUGAAUACUUGAGGAGUGACGACAACUUUCCUCUUCCCCGGACUUCACAUGGGGGGAAAAGGAGUGCAGUGGAUUUAAUAAAGCAUGCAGAUACAUUUCCCCAUUUGGAUUUUUGAGAUUUAAGCACGAGGCAGUUUUUUGGGGGGGGUCUCUGCUGCGGGGACAUCCAGCGAUGUGGUCUGCGGAGAUGCGGGGUUUGAUGAGGUUCAUGUCCGCGGAUGUUGCAGCUCGGUCGGGCUGCACACGGUGCCUCUGGGUGGCUGUGAUUGGACCGGACACAGACUGGGGCUGACUGAUGUUUGUUCGAGAGGAAAUGUUUUGGGGAGGAGAUCAAUAUGAGUUACUGGCGCACGCGAGGUGGGGGGGAGAUGCCAGUCUUCACGAGCACACCUAUUACUAUGAGGACGGAGGGAAGCAUGAAGGCAUGUGGAUUUUAAUCUCCUGGAUUUUAAAUCAAAACAGACAUGAAAGAUCCUCUCUUCAGACAUUCAUGUGUAUGUAAUGAGAUGUGUUUUGAUGCCUUUGCAGACUGUUUGCAGAUAUUUACAAGCGGAUAUGGAUCAUGUUUGUUCUUGCACUAAAGUUUUUCCCCUCUUUUGGACUAUCAUGCAUGAGACUUUAAUAUUGCAUCAUUGUCUCGUAAGAAAUCUAUUGUUUUUGGACUCUGAACAAAAUCAUUUCAGUUGGACUUUUAAUCUGAAAUAUAACUAAAGUUAUGGGACAUUAUUUUAAAAGAAGCAAUUAAUUUGAAAUGUAUUCAGAAAUACCCGGCAACAUGGCAGUUAACUGGGUUGUAUAUUCAGUUUUUUUAGUACCCCUGUUCGCAGUGGGGACAGCUUUUUCUGGGGUCUUCAAUGCCACAGACAGAGACAUUUUUACAGAUGAUUUGCUGCAGGUCAGGCUCACACAAGACAGAGCUGCUGAGCAGUGGAAACUCCAGUCUGCUGAUUCCCACCCCAACCUGUAUUUUAACCAAGUGGAUGUGUUGCACUUGAGGCAAAGGUCCUCCACCACCCACAGUCACAUAUUUAAAGUCAUCCGGGCUGCUGCGCUCACCAUGCUGUCUAACGCUCCCUUCUACAUGCCCCCUGCCAAACAUGCCGAGUUUACAAGCAAGUGGAAUGAGAUUUAUGGGAACAACCUGCCUCCCCUGGCGCUCUACUGCCUGUUGUGCCCAGAGGACUCUGCCGCCCUGCAGUUUCUUAUCAAGUUUAUGGAUAGGAUGGCUGAAUACCCUGACUGGAAAGUGACCAGUGCUCCGAACGACGAGGUCCCCAUGGCGCAUUCUCUCACUGGGUUUGCCACCGCUUUUGACUUUAUUUACUCCUACCUGGAUGCACAGCGGAGAGAUAUUUAUCUAAAGAAAAUCCGCUCUGAGACGGAGGAGCUGUAUGAGCUGUCAAAAUACAGAGGGUGGGGGAAACAGUAUCUCCAGAAUCAUCAAACCACUAACAUAUUAGCCGUCCUGACUGGUGCAUUAGUGGUUGGAUCACAUAACGACCCAGAGACCAUGAUCUGGAAACAAGUGGGGGUGAACUACAUGGAGAAAACAAUGUUCCUCCUUAACCACGUCGUCGAUGGCUCUCUUGAUGAGGGGGUCGCCUAUGGGAGCUACACAGCCAAGUCCAUCACACAGUAUGUCUUCUUGGCUCAGCGUCAUUUCAACAUUGACAACAUGCACAACAACUGGCUGCGGGGGCACUUCUGGUUUUAUUAUGCCACUCUGUUGCCGGGGUUUCAGAGAACAGUUGGCAUCGCAGACUCCAACUACAACUGGUUUUAUGGGCCAGAGAGCCAGCUUGUUUUCCUCGACACAUUCAUCAUGAAGAACGGGACGGGGAACUGGCUGGCUCAACAAAUUAGAAAGCACCGACCCAAGGACGGUCCCAUGGGGCAGUCGUCCGCCCAGCGCUGGGCUACACUUCACACAGAGUACAUAUGGUACAACAACCACCUCACGCCACAGCCGCCACGGGACUUUGGCAAAGCUAAGAUGCACAUUUUCUCAAACUGGGGUGUGGUGACCUACGGGGCAGGACUCCCCAUCGGACAGGGGAAUACUUUUGUCUCUUUUAAGUCCGGCAAACUGGGUGGUCGUGCCGUCUAUGACAUCGUGCAUGACAAGCCUUACUCCUGGGUGGAAGGCUGGAACAGCUUCAACCCCGGUCACGAGCACCCUGAUCAGAACUCUUUCACCUUUGCCCCUAAUGGACAAGUAUUUGUAUCUGAAGCACUUUACGGCCCAAAGUACAGCUAUCUUAACAACGUGUUAGUGUUCAGCCCUUCUCCGACCAGUCAGUGUAACAAUCCGUGGGAGGGUCAGUUGGGGGAGUGUGCCAAGUGGCUGCGCUGGACUGAUGAGGGCGUGGGUGAUGCCAGAGGGGAGGUGAUAGUCGCCUCCUCGCACAGAGACACCAUGUUUGUGAGUGGGGAGGCUGUGUCAGCUUAUUCCCCCGCUAUGAGACUAAAAAGUGUGUUCAGAGCUCUAGUUCUGCUCAACUCUCAGACUCUGCUGGUGCUAGACCACGUGGAGAAGUGGGGCGACUCACCGGUGAAGUCCCUCAGUGCUUUUUUCCACAACCUCGACAUUGACUUUAAAUAUGUUCCCUUCAAAUUCAUGGACAGAUACAACGGCGCCAUGAUGGAUGUUUGGGACGCACAUUAUAAAAUGUUCUGGUUCGACAGCCAGGGUCACAGCCCUGAUACCAGAAUACAAGAGGCAGAGCAGGCGGCCGAGUUUAAAAAGAGGUGGACGCAGUAUGUCAAUGUCACUUUCCCAAUGACGGGGACAGUCAGCAGAGUAGCCUAUGUUUUACACGGGCCAUAUGUCAAAGUGUCCAGCUGUAGAUUUGUGGAUAAUAGCAAAAAUGGUGUGAGACUUUCUCUAACCAUCAAUAACACCGAAAGGAUCGUCUCUAUUGCUACAAACUAUCAAGACAUUGGGGCGAGGUUGGCAUAUUUAGGAUUUGGGGGUCAUGCUAAAGUUGAGGACAGGUAUCAGAUCACUCGAUAUGGCCUUGGAACACAACUCAUCCCCAAACAAAUCAGCAGCGAUAAUCAGCUGUUUGAUUUUGGCUUCACAGUCAAUGUAAUAGCAGGGGUUGUUCUCUGCGUGGCCAUAGGUUUUCUGACCAUGCAGAGAAAGUUUUAUGUCUGCUUCAGCAGGCUGAUGCGCUACGCCCUCCUCACUGUGCUCAUACUGUGGAUUGCUGAGCUGCUGUUUGUGUCUAACAGCUGCGAUCAGCUUCUCUGUGGGGUAAAAUGGAAAGGUGCGGGUGCCAAAAGCGAAGUAAACAAACAAAUCAGACUCUACGAGCAGCACCGGCUCCCCCUCCCCACCGUCGUCAUAACAACCCUUCCAGGAUCCGGCUCGGAAAUACUCAAGCACCUUUUCUACAACAGCUCGGACUUUGUUUACAUCAGAGUUCCCACCGAGCACGUGGACAUCCCUGAGACGGAGUUCGAGUUCGACUCUCUGGUGGACGCCUGCGAGUGGUCAAGGACAGACGCCUUGCAAGGGCGGUUUAAGAUUAUUCAGGGAUGGCUGCACUCGCUUGUCCACAACACGAAGCUGCACUUGCAGAACAUUCAGCUGGUGGAGGGCAGCAGGGUCAAACAGCCUCUGAGAGUCACCACCUCGAGGGACAGAAAGAAAAGGUCCAGGAGGAGAGAGCCGGCGUCUGAGCUGAAGGGCAAACUCAGAGCCAGCCUGGACAGAGAUGCAGAGUACGUUCGGGAGAUGAGACGCCACGUUGCGGAGUACCCCAACGCCAGAGUGGUCCUCAACAUGCGGAGCGGAAGCUGGGCGCUCAAACUGCCUUUCGUUCAGGAGGUCGUUGGACCUUCUUUGAGGACAAUCUACUUAGUGAGAGACCCCCGAGCGUGGAUUUAUCUCAUGGUUUAUAACAGCAAACCCAGCCUUUACUCCCUUAAGAACAUCCCUCAGCACCUUUCCUUGAUAUUCAAGGAGGACGCUGUCAGGGAAGGGUGCCCGACUGUGGCGCCAGAGUUUAAAGUAAUCCAGAGACUGCUUUCACGUUCAGAGACAAACCCCAUCCUGAUUCUGGCGCAUCUGUGGCUGGCUCACACCGCAGGAGUGCUGAGGGUCAGCGAGAGCCUCCCCGAGGAGUCCUACCUCCAAGUGAGGUUUGAGGACGUGGUCAACUUCCCGCAGGAGACGGCGGAGACCAUACACACAUUCUUGGGGGUGCCGGUCUCGCCCGCAGCCCUCAACCAACUUAUUUUCACCACCUCCACGAACCUGUACAAUCUUAUGUAUGAGGGAGACAUUUCACCAGCCAACAUUAACAUGUGGAGACAGAAUAUGCCACGUAAGGACAUCAGACUGAUAGAGGACAUAUGUGGAGGGGUGAUGAAGAGGCUAGGGUACACCAGAUCUGCCAGUUAACUUACUGCUGCUGCUGGUCAGCUGAUGUGGAGCUGUCUUGUUUACUGUCGCUGCCAGUCUUAUGAGUUCUGAAAAGUUUUUUUGUUUUGCACUGACCUUAAAUUUUGAGGAGUUGUUUCUUCAGUUACUUGUUUGGGUGUUCACACUACAGCGACAGAUGUUUGUGAAGGAGGAAUAUUUUACAUUAAUGUAGGUGGGAGGGAGCUUAAGCUGUUAUUCUUCUCUGUCAGCAGCCUGUAGCACUCCUGAAUUGAACAAAACUGAAGACUUUCCCUGUCGUGGAUUCAGUGCAUUGCCACUAAAUCCCAGCAUUAAUCUUGUGUUAUUGCAACACCCUACGACAGAUCAUUUUCUCAGUGAAGAUUUAAUGCUGUGUGUCGUAAUUAGAGAUGAAAAAUGUGCAAUUUUCCCCAUUUCUAAUCUGUGAUGUCAAAGAGAUGUCUGUGUAAAAAUCCAUAACUGUUAUUGCUGGCAUUAUUUUUGAGGGGUAAGCCAAGGGACACGAUGUGAUUGAGCACAGAAAUGUUAUGAGGCUUAUUAAGACACUUAUUUAUCGACAGUCUUUUAAUUUGUAGCUUCGGGAGAGACUUUCAAGGACUAAUUUGGCUGUCAAGAAUCUAAUAUCCAAACCUAAUGUGUUCUGUUCCCUUUAAAACUACAAAAGAAUGCAAUAUAUUUAGAGAAACAGAUGAGAGUAGUGCUUUAUGGCUCUAAUAUAGACAUAUGAAUGAUAUGGAUUGUAUUUUGAUUAAAAAGGGACUUUAUUUUGAAGCUCUAAGAUGUCAUUACAGCUUGAUGGCUUAGCACUAUCACAGGGACUCCUUUGAUUGUAUGUGGGAUUUUUUUAUCCAAAGCUAAACUUUACUGUAUGUGCUCAAUUAGCUUGGAAAUAGGAAACCUCAGAGGACACUAUGUCUCGAAGAAAGAAAUCUAGAAGUAUUUAUGGGUUCCAAAGACACAUUUCCCAAAGAAUCUGGGAUGAAUAUGAUUAUUAUAACUCCCUUUGGCAUUUAUUGAAUUAGAUCAGAGGGAAGUGCUUAAUAGGGAUCAUACUGAAAAAAAAAAAACCUGUCAGUCUUGACACAUUUCUAGUCAUAGCAAUUUCCAAAGCAUCCCCCUCAGCUACUCAUAUUAAUCUGCAAAAACGCCACAGCUGAGUUCGUAUUCUGUGUUUUAUUGCUGUGCCAUCUUCACUGCAGAAAGACCUGGAGGAAAUGCAAACGGCAUAAGUUUCCAUUUCCUGUCGUGGUCAAUCACAAAUCCGAUGAUCUUUUCCAGGCUUUUGUUUUGAAAGAGUUCAGCGAGGCGUGGACUGAGCAGGGGAUGAAUAUUAAGUAAAGAAUGGAAGGAGAAAAAAUAAGUCAGAGACCGUUUCUACUCUGUGAUGUUCUGCUCUUUGGCCUGGGUGAAAAAUGAUUUCUCCUCACUAACCUUUGAUUCUGUCUUGCUUGAACAUCUCUGUACUGUAAAUGGAUCACAUGUAACAUGCUGAUGAUGGUACUCUCAGUUCCAGACUCUCUUACUGCAUUAGUACACGGACAAAAAACAUGCUGUGCCCAUGUGGAAAUCUCCAUCUUUCCCUCAGCUGGAAACAGUCCUGUUUGUUUUCUUUCUCUAUGAACACUGAAACCCUUGACUGCCUGGAAAACCCGUUUGAUGUUUGUGCUCUUUGAAUGUGUAGACUUGGCAGACAUGCUUUCACUUUGGUGUUGCAAUCCUGUUACCAACUCUGUUUUGUAUUUGCUCGUGGGGAUAUGGUUCCUUGCUUCUGUGGCCUUGAAUUACAAUCAUUUUCUUUAUGAGGGUUUUUUUUCAGUGAGGAAGUGGAGACAAUGUAAAAAAAUAAUAAAUUCAUAAAUAUAUCGACAA